AUGAGUGCAGCGAUAUCUGCGACCCUACGAUCCGAAGACGACGAGUCCAAGCUAGCUAAUGAUCCCAGGGGUCUUUUUCUACACUCGAUCUAUGACCCAGACACCGACCUGCAAGAUCUCACUGGCAGACAUUUGAAGAUACACUUGAUGAUAUACAAGAAGCAAGAUCUGGCAAAUUUCCCCGUAAGAAAAGCUCCCUCGUACUCAGAAGCGGAGCAAGCAGCAUUAGAGCUCUGGAGACAGCGAGUCAACUACCAUAUGACAACGCGCAUAUCACAUUAUAGCAUUGACUACUCCACGAGAGAACGUGCGAAGGGUGUGCCACGGGCAUUGCCACCGGUCAACCGUUCAGAGCAUCAGGUGCUCCAGAUUCCGGAACUACUAGACCUGAUUCUUCUAUUCGCAGGCCCACAGACUCAAGUACGAACGCUGCAGGUUUCCACGGACUGGCGUUCCUCUGCUAUAUCUGUUAUGUCAAAUCCAAAGAACAUGGCGACAUUCCGCUCUCUGGCGAAUCUGGCGCCCAUCGAAUAUGGGCAACUCGUCGACGAUGCCACCAAGGUUCUACCAGGGCCUGAUUCACAGGAAGUUGAGCAGUUCGGUCAUCAUGUGGACCACAUGACUGGUCUGCGGAACGAAUCGUACCCACGGAGAUAUGUCUAUUUUCCAGCUCGGCUGGCACAACUAGAUGGUCUGCCACAUGAAAUCGCCCAAUCGCUCAACGAACUGGAUGUUGCUCAGCGUCACGAAGAUUACCACGAUCAUACGCGCACAGUAACCCGUGAUACAAACCUCUAUUGGCUGGACUUGUCGCAAUUCCAGAUCAAUCCUUACUUGGACCUACUAUUCUCGGAAAAGAACCGUAUGAUGCACCACUUAGGUAGAUGGGAAAUUGGUCUACGCUCUAACGCGACACCGGAAACACUCGUCUUGGGCAAGUCACUGUCUGAGCAGCUGUUCAUUCAAGCUAUUGGAACGAUGCACGUUACGAGCCCACCUUGUCGAAGUCUAGGCAUAUAUCGCUACGACAACUGCCCCUAUGCGUUGCGCGGCACGCACAUAUUGCUGAAGAGGAUACGCAACGACAACGGCAUACAAGUUGCCGAGCUUCUCGACGCGCUUACUACUUGCGCCCCUGAAUUGCUGGCAAAAUGGGCCGAGUGCGCCGAGCACCUCCGCAAGGCUAUAACAGAAAAGUGGCACUGGGUCGACAACGUUUGGCUGAUACCGGGCACGCCAAGGUUUCGCAUUCAUCUGGACAAUUGCGACAUGCCAGAUGAGGUACCUGACAUUGGAACCGUCAAUACAAUACAACUGGCAAAUGCUACUGAGGCAGCUUUUGGUGCUUCAUUAGGGUACCAAGCUCAUAUCACGCGCACCGCUUAUAUGUCAGCGGAGUUACCUAGAGCGACCAAAGAGGGCGAGUGGCUACCGGAAGAACUGUUUGAGCCAAUGAAGACCGAGUGUGGACGUUCAAAUAUCAACUGGGAUGCGUGA